UAGUUUCAUUGCUGACAUAAAUAUCUGUUAUAAAUUGGAGACAUAUAAAUAUGGAGACAAACAGCUAAAACCAGCUACUUCCAGUUUAUAUCAGCUACGACCAGCCUAGGCUGCUUAUAUCUGUUUUGUUUUGUUGUUUUUUUUGUUUUUUUACGGAUCAUCCUAUUUCUAUUUUUUAUCAAUAAAAUAAUCAAUAACUGUUGUUUGUUACGGACAUAAACAAAACAUUCUAUUAAAAUUGCUUUUUCAGCAGAAUUGUUUUUUUAAAUGAACUACAAAUCCCACUUAGCCUCGUAUCCAGGAAGUAGUUUCCGUUGCUAAGCAAACUCGCGCUGUGAGGCAGAAGUCAAUCCUGACGCUGAAUAUCAUGUUGUUUACGCUCAGAAUGUAAAUACAAUUACAUUAAAAGGUAAGAGAAUCGAUCUUUAUGAAGAUACGGAGCAAAUACAGACCAGUUACAUAUUAAAUAUAAUUAAAGAGCUGUUGCAGGCACUGCUGCGGACAGCACAGAUAUUUAUUCAGGGCAGAUGCAAUAAAGGUUAGAUGUCGAUGAAGAAGAGACCGGGCUCAGCUCUGUCUGUUGUGACUGAGUUCAGUGGAUCUGGUUUCUUAAACCCCAAACCUGCUGAAGAUGAUCCUGAAGAAGAUCUGCUCGAUCAGAGACUCUCUCCUCACAAACUGAAAAUUAUUUCUGGAUCAGACGAUCUACACGCGGUGACGUCACUGGAGAUGUGUGUUGACACGCGACAGAAAUCUCUGGACAACUUCGGAAACUACUUGCCCAAACUUACCCAGCUGAAAAUGAACAACAGUUUGAUCUCAUCUGUGCGGGAUCUGGGAACCGGUCUUUCCCACCUGCAGGUCUUGUGUCUGGCUCGAUGCGGUCUGACCGACCUGGAGGGCAUUUCUGCUCUUUCCUCCUUAAAGGAGCUGUACGUGGCCUUCAACCGCAUCUCCGAGCUGAGUCCAGUCAGUUUGCUGGAGGAUCUGGAGCUGCUGGAUCUGGAGGAGAACGAGCUUGAAGAUCUGGCUCAGUUGUGGUAUUUGGGCCGUUGUGUGAAGCUCAGGACUCUGUCUCUGGAAGGAAACCCUGUGUGCCCCCGUCCCGCUCCAGGAGCCUCCGAGGCGUCAGGCUUCAUCUUCAGGUCUUCGGUGCGAGAGCUGAUUCCUCAGCUGAUCUUCCUCGACGACGUUCCUGCUGAAGAGGACAAACCUUCUCUUCUCAGAGACUCCUUUGAAGACGCUUCGGUCAGAGACGGCCUGCAGCUCGCAGAAGAGAGCUCCGUCAGACCUGCUUCAGCCAGACCUCUCUCCUCCUGCUCCGGAUCAAGAGCAGACCUCAGCGUCCUGAACCACGAGGCCAGUGAUCUGACCAACGGUGUUGGUGGAGUUCUGUGUGGGAAUCCUCUGCAAGCUGCUCGAGCGCGGAGACAGAGAAUAAAGCUCCAGAACUCUCCUCAAAACAAGAAUCUGUCCAUCUGUCCAGGGAAGGUCCAACGUCUGUUGUUUAUGGAGAAGGAGCGUGAGCCGCAGGUGACGAGGAUCCACCACAGCGAUGAAGAUGAAGGCCGUCACAGUCUGAGCAGUGAUGACAUUACCGGAGGCUCUCCUGAUUGGUCGGUUCGGUCGGAGACGCUGAGACUCAGCUCUUCAUCGGGCUGCUCCAUGUCUCCGUCUCCUCCACCCAGAUCCGCGGGACAGAGACUCACACAGAUCCGCCGCCGGAGACUCCUGGGAAGCACUGAUGCAUCGUGGGUCAGAUGAGCUCAGGUCUGAGGUUGUUGAGGAGGGUUUGAUUGACAGGAGAGUCUCGGUCAGAUGUCACGUGACCUGAACGUCACUCUUCUUCUACACGUCUCUGAAGAUGUUCCUCAGAUCAAACACAGCAGUCUCCACACGCUCCGGUCUUCAUCCGCUUUGGACUGAAUUUUGUAAGAUUUUUUGUGCACAUUUAUGUAUAUUUUGAAAAUGAAUGAUGGAAAAUUGUUUAAAAAGGCAAACAGAGAAUGAAAAACUAAAAUAUCUGUAAAAUCCUGUAUUAUUCAGGUGCAUCUCAAAACGUUUUAUAUUGUGAAAAAUUUGUUUCACUACAUGCAGUCAAGUGUUUUUUUUUGUAUGAUUAGAGCUACAGCUCAUGAAAGUCAAAAAUCCAGUAUCUCAAAAUAUUUUUCUACGAUUGAUAAAAAAA